CCGGAUCCGAAAUAAGCAGAGCGGGUAAAGAUUCGGAUAUUUGCAUUUUGAAAUUGAAAACUCCGCUCUCGUCUCUUCCUUCAUUUUCUAUCUUUGUUCUCUUCUCCUAAUUUCAAAAGAGCCGUUAGAGAGAGAGAGAGAGAGAGAGACUGAGAGAGAUCGUGAAAGAGCCAGAGAGAGAAACAGUUGAAUCUGAGAAAAUCGAAGAUGGCUACGAACAUUGGGAUGAUGGAUUCUGCAUAUUUCGUCGGGAGAUCGGAGAUUCUGGCCUGGAUUAACUCCACUCUCCAACUCAAUCUCUCCAAAGUUGAAGAGGCUUGUUCAGGCGCUGUUCAUUGUCAGCUCAUGGAUUCGGUACACCCUGGGACUGUUCCGAUGCAUAAGGUUAACUUUGAUGCCAAGAGUGAGUAUGAGAUGAUUCAGAACUAUAAGGUUCUUCAGGAUGUGUUCAAUAAGCUCAAGAUCACUAAGCACAUCGAAGUGAGCAAACUCGUUAAGGGAAGGCCAUUGGAUAACUUGGAGUUUAUGCAGUGGAUGAAGAAGUACUGUGAUUCUGUUAAUGGAGGCCAGCAUAAUUACCAUGCACUUGAGAGAAGAGAAGCCAGCAAAGGAGGUAAAGAAGCAACCAAGAGAGCUGCAGCAGCUACACAACAAUCAGGCAAGAGUUCUUCUUCUUCAGCUGCACCUAGACCUUCAUCUUCAAAUGGAACCCGUAAACAUGAACCACAGUCCUCCAACACCGGGAAUCACCACCACUCUUCAAAACCAUCAGCUAAACAAUCUAAGCCAGUGCCUGCUUAUGAUGAAAAGAUCACAGAACUCAAACUCUACAUAGACAGCUUGGAGAAAGAGAGAGAUUUCUAUUUCUCUAAACUCAGAGAUGUAGAGAUUCUCUGCCAAAACCCAGACACAGAGCACUUACCUCUUGUUGGUUCCAUAAAAAGAAUCCUGUACGCAGCAGAUGGAGAAGACGUUGGAGCAGCAGCAGAACCAAUACAGACUUUGAGUCCCAUUGCUGAAGGAUCAGAAGAGAGAAGGAACAGUGUAAUAGAAUCGCAGAAGAGGAAGCUCAUAGUGAAUCUCGACGUCGAUGCUGCAGCGAUUACAACACUCUCUCCGAGACAACGCCUUUCUGAUGCUUCUGAUGUCAAAUGCAGUGGUUCAUCUCCUCUCUUGACCUGCUGAAAUGAGAGUUAACUACUUACUAUAAUACUCUCUUAUAAAAAGAUUCUCUCUCAGAGAAUUUGCUCUAUGUUUGAAAAAGAUUCCCUGACCCUUCUUAUAAACAUAGUACUAAUACUCUGUUGAAAAUAUCAUUGUUGUGAUGUUUUGUGAUCCUUAUUGGUAUAAUAUAUGUUUUGGCUCCCUACA